UUCAUCUCAGCAGAGCCGCACUACAGAGAGUGAGGAUGUGAGUCCGACACGUUUCUAAAGACUCCACAUCUCCUCUCAUGGACGCUACAGGAUUAACCCGACCUGCAGCAUUUUCUGGAUACACAUUUCUCCCUAAAAUACCGACAUUUUUCUUUUUGUUUAUUCAACCUGUUUGUUCUUCUUGUCACGUUGAAGGACGGAGGAAGUUUCCCAUCAGGAGCUUCGUGUUUAGAAGCGAGAAGCAGCUUCAGCAUCAUCCGCCGCAAACUGUUUUCAUCUCUCUUUCUUUUCAAGAACAUUUUCCUGGUCAAAAGAUCACAUUUCGUAUUUUAUUUUGAAAUAAGUGUGUGUGUGUUUUUUUUUUUUUUGUCUGAUGAGUGUAUCAGGUCUGCAGCAGGUCCUAAAUCUCAGUGCUGAAGGUGUGCAUGUGCUGCUCAAGUAGUUCAUUCAUGGAGGAAUUAGACGGAUUUCUUUAGUCCAUGAGGACAAAAAUCUCGGAUUUUUUCCCCGCAAGUUGUUUUUGCUUGUUUGUUUGUUUGUUUGUUUGUUUGUUUGCCCCCUCGGAGAAUAUCAGUGAAGCAGCUCGUGGAAAAUCAUGAACAGCGUCACGGAGCUUGAAGACGGACCGCAGCACAAGGCUCAGAGAACGAGCUGUAGCUACCUUUUGUGCACCAUCCUCCUCUUUGUUGCCGUGCUACUAGCCGUUACAGUAACAGGCACCAUACUCUUAAUGAACCACUCCCAGGCAGCCUCAGGCCCUGAUGCUCCGCCACUCAUCACCACAAAUCAAGAUGAAGGCAACGCCCUGGUGACUGUAGAGAGAGGCGACGGCUCCCGCAUUAAUAUCUUCAUCGACCCCAACUGCCCCGAUUACAACAGCAACUUCCUGAGACUGGAGGGGUUACAGACGUCACUGCUGCACUCGCUCAGCCACCAUGACACAGACCUGAAGUCGGUGAAAGGACAGGAGCGCGUUCUGCUCGUCCAGUUGGCUGAAGAAAUUGCCAAACUUUCAGCUCAUGGCAGCCAGCUGAAGGCAGAGUACAGCGCACUGAGGCAGGGCCAGACCAGCAUCAGCCAGGAGAUCAGCUUGCUGCAGACUGAGCAGGCCAGGCUUGUCCAGUUGUUAUCCGAGAGCCAAAGUAACAUGAUGAAAGUUGUGAACACGGUGAGUGAUGUCUUCGACUCCAUGCAGAAGGAACCUGGCAGCAUGAAGGUGUUCCUGAAGGCAGAUUUGCAAAGGGCCCCGGUGCGCAAUGGGGUCCGGCCCAGGGGCUGCUCCAGUGGAGAGGGACGACCAAGAGACUGUAGUGAUAUAUAUGCCAGUGGACAGCGUGAAGACGGGAUCUACUCCAUCUUUCCCAUACACUUUCCAUCAGGAUUUCAGGUUUACUGUGACAUGAGCACUGAGGGAGGUGGCUGGACGGUGUUCCAACGCAGAGAAGACGGCUCUGUAAACUUCUACAGGGAUUGGGCUGCAUAUCAAGAGGGAUUUGGCAAGAUUACAGGAGAACACUGGCUGGGUUUGAAGCGGAUUCAUGCACUGACCAUUCAGGCUAAUUAUGAGUUGAGGAUUGACCUGGAGGACUUUGAGAACAGCACUUCGUUCGCACACUAUGGUUCCUUUGGCGUAGGAUUGUUCUCCGUCGACCCGGAUGAGGACGGCUACCCAUUGAGCAUAGCGGACUACUCAGGAACCGCUGGGGACUCAUUGCUCAAACACAACGGCAUGAAGUUCACCACAAAGGACAAGGACAACGAUCACUCGGAGAACAACUGCGCUUCUUUCUACCACGGAGCCUGGUGGUACCGGAACUGCCACAUGUCCAACCUGAACGGACAGUACCUGCGCGGCCAGCACUCCUCCUACGCCGACGGCAUCGAGUGGUACUCCUGGACUGGUUUGCAGUACUCCUUGAAGUUCACAGAGAUGAAAAUCAGGCCUAUGUGCGAGCAAAACGAAUGAGCGAACCACUGGGUUUUGUGUUAGAGACACUUGUAUGCACAAUUAUGUGAGGACGGUACGAUUAUGUAUUUUCUCCACCUGUUUUGCGUGGUUCUGUUUCCGAACCUGUUUUUCUUUUCCAUUCCGGUCAUAGUGUAGUGUCAGUGAUGAAGCACACUCUAGCUGGUUACUAGGUUUCUAGCUAGUCAUUUAUGUCUCGAGAUUAUUAUUGAUGAAAUGUAAAAAAGAAAAGAAAAAGAAAAAAAAAAAGAAUUCCUGUGUAGUUUUGUAAGGAAUCGUCUGGACUUUUGUUUUAAAAAGCAAGAUUUAGGUUGUGUUAUGUACAGAAGAUUUUUUAAAAAUCCUUUUUUUUCGUCAUCGAGCUACGUUCCGUUCAGAAAGCCGAGUAUUUCAGCCACAUGGGUCUGCAGGAAAGAAGAGAAAGUAUUAAAAUGAGCUGCUUUUCUAGCACUUUGAUGGGACUAUGUAGCAAAAUGCACUGUUACUGAGAGGCUGUUAUAAAUGGAGCAGAGAUCCCCAAUUCCUGUUCAUAGAGAGCUUGUCAUAUCAUGUUGUUUAGUAAUUAAUCACAAUGCGCCAGAGGGACAAAGAGUAGGAGCAAUUAUUACAUUAAUGGAAACUUUAUUAUAAUAACAAGCUUAAUUCUGAUUGGAAGUGCACUCCAUAUACUGUACAUGAAGUACUGUGGAGUAGAUUACAGCGAUUUGUCCUUGAUGAUGAUCACACACAGACACACACACACACACACACACACACACACACACACACAGCUAAAGAUCAAUAGUGGCAGAACAAAUCUAAUUGUGACCUAGCAAA